CAGGAUCCCUGGGCGCUCCCCCACAGCGACGAAGCGGAUCCAGCGCCCUGGCUGAAUUCUUCUGGGCGCCUGAUCAGCGACUACCGCAAGAACGUGCGGAGCGUGGCCUUUGUCGUAGAUACGGAGAACCCCGCGAGGUUCAAGUUCAUCCUCAUGACCUCGACCGAGGCGCAGAAGAUGCGCAAGUUCUGCAGUAGCGCCACGAAGUACGACGGUCAGAUGCCAGACAUGUGGCAACGCUUCCAUUGGUCGGACGACCUCUUCAAAGAUGCGAAGAAGACCGC